UUCCAUGUGCUGCAACAAGAUAACAGUUCACGAAAGGUGUACUUGCAGAGAUAAUUCUUUUAGCAAAAUUUAUAAGUCAAUCUUUGGGUUCAAGGGGCGAUACCAGCUUGUUUGUCUUGGGAAUGGGGAAGCCUCUCCAACGUUAAAUGAUGUGUUUAACCCCGCACUGGUGGUCGUCCUCGAGUAUGGUCAAGAUCUUGAGCGCACAGCAUAAGCCCACACAACCAUUGAAGAUGUGUAUACAGUUAAAGAGAUAGGCAAGAACCGACAUUCAGUGUACAAAGUUUUCCCAGAACCAAUCAAUGUGGCCGGGAGAAACUCCCGGGCACCAUUGCCAAAAAAAAGAACUCGGCGUGGGGGGAAACAAAAAAGGACUGCUCAGCUUUUUACAAAUUGCUAUCAUCCGUCAUUCCGCGCAUCGUACAACAUAAUGCAUGCCCAGCGGCCAUGUGCUCUAACGAAUACGGCGGCAUCGGGCAAACCACACGCUGUGCCAUGCUUGCUUUUUUCCUCAACUCUGCAUCUGUUUGCUCGUGCUGGCGAGGUGCAUAGAUGCAGUUUUCCCCUGCAUUUGCUUAAUUGAAAACGUGCAAAAAUCUAUCGCACAUGAAUAAUGCGCCGUGGGUGCUGAGAACGGAUCGUGACGCGAAUGAGCAAUCAAUUCUGAUAAUGCAGAUGAACGAUCACAGUACAUGUCGCUCAAUACAAAGAUGAUAAAAAACGAUAUGAUAUUUGACCUCCUCGGCCAAACUUCGACACCCACUGGCUCGCUAUGAAGGAUGAAUUGCAU